AUGCAAGGCGCGCUGCGAUGGCUCACGGAGGUCUCGGCCAAUCUGAGACCGCCGUUGCUGGCGCUUGUAACGAAUCGCCUUGAAAGGGAUGCUGAAAACGCGUACUUUUUCACGCUUGGAUCGGGCCUCAAGUCACUGGGAUACGCCAUUGAGGUGAUAGCGCAGGAAGGAGGGCCCAUGGCGGACGCGUGGAGGGGCCUGGCCUUUCCUGCUCCGCCCCUCUCUCCUGCCCCUCUCUCCCGCCCCUCUCUCCCGCACCUCUCUCCCGCACCUCUCUCCCACACCUCUCCCGCACCACUCUUCUGCCUUGCAAUCCCGCCUUGCUGCCGCCCGUGGGACUUCCUUCCCUUGCGCAGCUACCAGGGAGUUUUGGCGAACUCGUUAGAAGCCACUCCGUUUAUAGCCAAGCUGGCCCAAGAACCCUUCACCGAAGUCCCGCUGGUGUGGGUCGUGCACGAGGCUGACGUGGCGGACAGGCUGGCAGUGUACGAGUCCAGUCAGCAUCUGCAAGGGCUGAGGCAGCAGUGGGUAGAGCUAUUCGCUCGACCUGACGCCCUCGUGUUCCCCUGCAUGGCACUUAAAGAACGAUACCAGUCCCUGAACACUGGAAACUUCGUGGUAAUUCCCGGCUCGCCCACGUGGACGUACGCCGCGACCCGAUUCGCCGCGUCGCACUCGCCAGAGUCGGAGCGGGCGGCGCGUCAGAUCCCGCCUGACACGUUCACUGUAGCAGUGGCGGGAAACCAGAGGGUGUACCAGGGAAAGUGGCGGGAAAGGGCAAUGGCUAUGCAUGCCGUUCAGUCAUUGGUGCAGCCGCCUGGUUUGGGGUGGGGGUCUAUAUGGGGUUGGAUGGUAGGGGAUGCUGUGGGAAAGGGAGGAGGGCAGGGCGGAGGAGGAGGGGGAGGAGGGGAAGGAAGGAGGGAGCAGAGAGGAGGUGGGAGAGGGAGAGGAGGGGAAGGGAACCAAAAGGAGCGAGAGGGGGUUUCUGCUGUGGAGCGAGCGCACGUGGUGUUUAUGGGAAGCUGGAACACCUCAGGGUCACAGUCGCAGCUGGCGGUGCUUAAGGUGGUAGCGAAGCAUCUGCUUAUAGCGAAUCUGACGUGGGGCGUGGGGGAGGCGGAGGGGGAGGAGGGGAUGGGCGUGCUGAUGGCGAGUGAUGUGGUGGUGUGGAGCUCGGUGGAGGAGGAGAGGGAGGUGAACCCGCUGCUCGUGAAAGCGCUGGCUUUGGGGAAGGUGAUUGUGGUUCCGAAGCUGAUCAAGAUUCGAGCAGAGGGGAUGGGCGUGCUGAUGGCGAGUGAUGUGGUGGUGUGGAGUUCCGUGGAGGAGGAGAGGGAGGUGAAUCCGCUUCUGGUGAAAGCACUGGCUCUGGGGAAGGUGGUGGUUGCGCCAAAGCUGAUCAAGAUCCGAGCAGAGUUGACCAAUGGCGUGCAUGCUCUUUUCUACGACUCUGGGAAGGAACCUUCCAUGAAGCAGGUGCUCCUUAAAGCCGCGUCGCUGUCGCAGUCUGACGCACUUGCCAUGUCAGCGUCAGGCCGCGAGCUCUCAUUGGCUCUGGACGCGCGCAGCGUGGUUAAGGAGGUAGCGAGGCUCCUAGAGCGGGUAAUGGAAGGGGGCGUGGGGAUUAGAAGCCCUCGGCCGGCGGAUUGGCUGUGGUGGGAUAAGAAGCAGGCGUGGAUGUGGGGGGAGGACGGUGGGUGGGGGUGGGGAGAGGGAGGGGGGAAGGGAGGAGACGGAGGAGAGGGAGGGAGCUGGGAUGUAAGAGAAGGGAGGGAAGAGGGAGGAGUACGGAAGGGAGAGGGAGGAUACGGGACGGGAGGUGGGGGGAAAACGAAGGGUGGAGAGGAGGAAGGGGAGGAGGAAGGGGAGAGUGUGGAUGUAGGUGGGGGUGUGGAGGAAGGGGAGGCUGAGGUUGUGACGGGAGGGGAGAGUGGGGUUAUUGGAGGGAGGAAGGUGAUACUAAGGAAAGGUGACUAUAAGGGUCGAAGGGUGGGGUUGAAGGAGGGAGGCAAGGAAAAGGAAGGCGAGGGGAGGGUGGUGGGGACCGGAAGAGGAGAGAGAGCAGAUGUGGAUACGAGCGAGGGUCGGAAUAGUGCGACAGAGAGGAGUGAGGGAGGGAGUGAGGGAGGGAGUGAGAGGAGGAGGAGUGUGGUGCUGCAGAUGGAGGAGGAGUGGGAGGAGUUGAAGAGAAGGGAAGCGGCGCUGCUGAUGGGAGAUAAAACGAGGGAUAGCAUGCUGAUGGCCGAAAUGGACGGUGCUGAGGAGGCGGUGGGAGGCGGGCUAGCGGGUGAAACAGGAGGAGCAGGAGUUGGAGCAGGCGCAACAGCAGCAGCAGCAGGGGGAGCAGCAGGAGUGGGCGGGGGAGUAGCGGGGCAAGGGGGGUCGGUAACAGAGGCUGACAGAAACGGUGGUGCUGUUGGCGUGGUUGAUAGGGUGGGCGGGUCUGGUGCGGUUCUGAGUGGUAGCAAGUCAAGUGCAGCGGUUUCAGGUGCUGCCGCUGCAGCUGCUGCCAUUGGGACUGUGGGGGAGGAGAAAGGCAGCGCAGGAGAAAGGACAGGAGGAGGAACAGCAGCAGCAGCAGCAGCAGCAGCAGGAGUGCCUGAGCUGAAAGCACCUGAGGAGCAACUGGAGGCCGAUAUUGUAAAUCUUCUAGCAGCAGCAGCAGCAGCAGCUGAGCUUGGGCUGAAAACGCGUGCGGGGCCAGUGGAGCCGGAUAGUGUAAGCCGUUUUCGUUACAAGGCGUUGUCCUGGGUGGGAGGAGAGGAGGUGAAGGUGGGCGUGAAACGAUUACCAUCUAAGUUACUCCUCUCUACCUCCCUUUCCCUCCUCUCCCCACGCCAGUUGUGGGACCGCAGGGAACAUGAAUCCCUGUCAUGGGAGGAGGUGAAGGUGGGGGUGAAGCGGGCGGAGAGGAGUGGGCUGCAUGAGAGGGACGACGGGGACCUCGAGCGAUCAGGCCAGCCCAUCUGCAUCUACGAGCCGUACACUGGGAACGGAUCCUGGCCGUUCAUUCAUGACAAGGAUACCCUGUACCGUGGGGUUAGUCUGUCGCGCUCCUCCCGCCGCCCCAACCUGUAUGACGACGUGAACGCGUGGGCGCGCCUGCCCAUGCUCGCCUCCCCCUACUACCGCGACGUGCUGUGCGACUUUGCAGCCAUGCUCGCAAUCAACUACCGCAUAGACCGAGUCCACAGGAACCCCUGGAUAGGCUUCCAGCCGUGGCGGGUCCGGGCGGAGAAUGUGGGGUUGAGCGGCGCUGCGGAAAAGGCGCUGGUUGGGACUAUAGAGGGCGGGACUGUAGCGGAUGCGGUAGUGUACUGGGUGAGUAUUGUAGACCAGGUGGAGAUUCAUAGGGAUCCGAGGAAGCUGCCUUUCUUGAUGCCAUGCGGCUGGUGUACAGCCUGCCCUCCAACUGGACCACCCUGCCGCCCAUGGAGAGCAUGGCCACCCUGGACCACCCUGCCGCCCAUGGCCACUGGAGGAGGCACCAGUCCGCCAUGCUCUCAUGCUGAUCCAUCUCCCUUCUUUACCCCUUCCAGAGCUGCAUUCCUGGAGGCCAUGCGCCUGGUGUACAGCCUGCCUUCAAAUUGGACCACCCUGCCACCCAUGCCCACCGGAGGGGGUACCUGGUCUGCCAUGCACGCGUGGGCCAUGCCGGCACACAACUUUGUGGAGUUCAUGCUGUUUGCGCGCAUGUUCGUUGACGCCCUUGAUGUGAAAUUCUAUCAGAGACACGCGGCCCACGGCACAUGCCCACUCGCUCAGAGCCAUGCAGAGGAGCGGCACUGCUACUGCCGAUUGCUUGACCGACUGGUGAACGUGUGGGCGUACCACAGCCGAAAGAGAAUGCUGCUUCUCAAUCCCCACACUGGCUCCCUUCAAGAACAGCACCCAGUUCCCACGCGCUCUAGAUCCCGCUCCCGGCGCGCCUGGUUCCAAUGGUUCUCCCGCCCGGUACUUAAAGCUAUGGACGAGGAAAGAGCAGAAGAGACGGACGACCCCGCCCACGCGAUCAACGGGCGGCGGUGGCUUUGGCCUCAUCUAGGGGAGGUGCAGUGGCAGGGGUCGAUCGAGCGGGAUAGAAUGUUUAAAUUGUGGCAGAAGGGGCAGAAGGAGAGGAAGAAGAAGGAGAGGCUGGCGCGAAUGAGAGUGAGGUAUAAGCAGGAGGCGUUGGGAGGGCCUGUGGUGAAAACAUUGGGGGAGGUUGGGGGCGUGGGGGGGUUGGGGAGGAAUGGGAGUGUUGUGGAGAGUGGGGAGGAGGGGAAGAGAGGAAGUGGUGGUGACGGCGGCAGUGACAGGGAAGUCGGUGUAGGCAAGAAGAGUAGCAGCAGCAGUAGCAGUGACACGGCUCAGGAGGAGGGUAAGGAGGACAGUGAUACAAGAUGA